AUGGAGAGGAUAUGCUGUUUGCAGGAACAGUUUGAUAAGGAUUUCUCUAUUUUACCUGACCCUCAGAGAUCAAAUAUUUCAAUUGUUUCUAGUGUCAAUAGUUAUGAUGAUAGAGAUUUUGGAUUAAAGCUGAGUUUCCUACGUCUUUACCGGCUGAUGCAUAUAACAAUGCUCCUCUCACUCAUAUAUUUCUGUAACAUCUGCCUUUGGUUCAUAAUGUUUAGAAAAGUUCCAUCCAGAAGAAUUUUAUAUAAGUUUAAAAUGAGUUCUGCAUCAUAA